CUGCACUCAAAGGCAGCAUCCUCACCAACCUGCCGUCGGACGCCCCGAGAGCAACAAGCUUGAGUGGACGAAACGCGCUCUGCUGCAGUGCCGUACACGCUUAUUUGACGGGAACUGCAUCGCCAGGAGGUUGUAUAUCUACAUUUAACGUCAGCCUGAAUUGAACUGAAGGGAGAAAGAUGUCAGCGGUUUAUAAAGAUGACCAGGAGGACUGGCUGACGGUGUGUCUCAAGUACCUGCUCUUUGUUUUCAACUUUCUGUUCUGGGUUGGUGGAGCAGCGGUUUUGGGUGUAGGAGUUUGGACGGUGCUGGAGAAGAGUGACUACUUGAGUCUGCUGGCCUCCAGCACUUUUGCUGUCUCGGCUUAUAUCCUCAUCCUGGCCGGCGGCCUGGUGGUGGUUACAGGCUUCUUGGGCUGCUGUGCCGUCAUCCGGGAACAGAGGAGCUGUCUUUCCAUGUACUUCUUCUGCCUGCUGGUGAUCUUCUUGAUUGAACUGGUGGCUGGAGUACUGGCUUAUGUCUAUUACCAGAGGCUGAGCGAGGAGCUGAAACAGCAUCUAAAUCAGACUAUGACGGAGAACUACGCCCAGCCAGGGAAGGAGGGCAUCACAUUAGCUGUGGACAGACUACAACAGGAUUUCAAGUGCUGUGGCAGCAACAGCUCCCACGAUUGGACAAUGAGCGUGUACAUUUUGUCAAAGCCGGCAGAAGGCAGGGUGGUGCCUGACAGCUGCUGCAAAACCAUCACCCCUCACUGUGGCAAGAGAGACCACCCCUCCAACAUCUACAAAGUGGAGGGUGGCUGCAUCACUAAGCUGGAGCAGUUUCUGGCAGACCACCUGUUGGUCAUUGGUGCUGUGGGAAUAGGAGUGGCUUGUCUGCAGAUCUGUGGAAUGGUGUUCACCAGCUGCUUGUACAGAAGGAUCAACGUGGAGCCUUACUGAGCAGGCCGGGCCCUCAAUGCACCACCUUCGACAGACAGAUGAAACAAUGACCUGCUGAUAUCUAACCUUCAACCUCUGAAUCUUGAACUCUGACCGGUGGAUCUUAACCGAGCGCAUAGGCACAAUUUAGGUCUAUAGCGGUCAGAAACAAAUUGCAACAGCCAGCCAGCCAGGCUGAUUUUUGGUUUUGCAUUGCACUUAUUUUACUUAUUUCCAGGCUCUCAUACAAGAAUUUCUCAUACCUGACCUUGAUCUUCUGGAACAAAAUGUCUGCUUGCAUCAUUGCCGUGACUUAGAUGCAUGCUUAAGUUUGAGCAGGACAAAAGAAAAGGGUCAAAUAUACUCAUAAUGUAUUCUGCUUUGUUCAGUGAAUGAUGAUAUAGACAGAUUUAUCAUGUUUUCACUGUGCAAAGAUUUAUCUCGUCUUUUUGGCCAUUCCAGUACUUUGAGUAAGCUGAGUAAGGGCACAGCGUCCACUGAAAGGUAAUUUAUGGUAGUGUCUUUGAGAACAUAUUGUGCCUCUUUCACGUUUCUGCUGGUAACUGAUUUGCAUUCAUUCUGUGCCUGAAAACAUUAAAAGGGAGCUGACAAUGCACUGUGACAGAUAGCAGCAAAAUAAGUCUAGUUUACUAUCUUAAUAUAUGUAUUUAGUUAUGUCUAUAUUCAUGAAGAUAGCAGCACUGAAUGUUGAACUGUAUUUAAAUAAACUGAACACAUGUAUGCCUACAAACAUUAAGACCUUCCCUCUUAAGUAUGGGGCAAAGUUUUUUCCAGUGGUUUCCAGAUACCUUAAUUUCUAACUCCACCUAGUGGUUGGCACAAGUUACACAAAAUACUGUGUGCUAUUAUAACCAUAUGCUGCAGUAAAGACGCUUAAAAGUACAAGACAGAUGGUAGAUUUAAACAUUAACACACGUUACCCUCUGUGAAUUUUAGGCUUAUUGUCAUACUUUCCUUGACACUCUAUGUUUUAAAUUCCCUACAGUGAAGAAGCUCACAUCUUUGAGAGCCAAAGAAAACGGUUGAAAGAGUUUUACUACCUAAUCUAUCACUUGCCUUCCCGUUUCCAACAGAUAUUCCAUAUGGACCACUGUAGAGGUGAUUAGUCUUGGCUUUGCUGUUGUUGAAUUUAAGUUAUUUUGAGGUCAAUUCGACCUUUUUCAUUGAAAUCCUUGCAACAGUACAACACCAUUGCCAAGACCCAGUACUCUGUGGAGGGACCUCCUAGAAAUUGUUUUCCCCACUGAUGAACUCACAAAUGAUGGGUGCUAAUGUAUGUCAAUGGUUGUUGAUGAGAUGAUUAUGUAACAUUGGCCUGUACUCCAACUACUGUCUGUGUUAUUCAAAAUAUUGAUAUGAAACUCCUAAAUAAAUGUUGCAUUAAGAAA